CAACAUUUCGUUACAGCGCCAAGAUGCACUGCGGGUUUUUUUUUAUAAAAAUAUAUUGCAACUGAUAAAACUCUGAUGCAGUAAAGGUUAUCGACAUGUCAAGUUUAACUUAUCAUGUCUUUGAAAUUACGUAAAAAGCGCCUUGAAAGUUGUACACCCGUGAAAGUAAUAAUGCACCCUUGAUCAAGCCUGAACUGAAUUUUUGAUAAGUUUUUUAUCAGCGUGUUUACUUCAUUGUAAAAGUAAUCUUUUUUGACGAAAAAUCGAAAAAAUAUGUCUGCUCUAAUAACGUCCAAAUAAUUUGGCUUUUAGAGUGUCACCUGUAGAUUAGAUAUAAUAAAAGAGUUUGCGACCAAUGAACUAUAUACUAUCUGUUCAUUAAAAUGUCGUUAAAAGAACAUUUUAAGAAGUAUAAAUAAAAAACUGAAGCAUUGUACUAACCACUAUUUUCCAAACAUGUUGGUUUUGGUGUUAGCAACCAUACUUUUAGCCGAAGGGAUACUAGGUAAUCCUAACACCUUUGAUGUAUCUCGUGAGGGAAAAACGUUCGAUACUUUUCGGGAAUCAAGCUGGAAUCCAGUGAAUUGGUUUGGUCAAGAUUCAAGUGAAGAUAAAAGCGAAAAACAACUGAUGGCCCUGUAUAACACCAUUGAAUGUUUAACAAAGAAGGAGCCAAAAGAGUGCGUCAAACUCGUAGAUGACGCAAAAAUAUACUUCGAAAAGGACGAGAAUAAGAAAAAAAAUAAAAAACCCAUGGCUGCCAAUAACAGCACGUCGCAAUAAAUUUUCGUGUUGUAAUAUGUCUUAAUACACGUUUGUAUUCUCACGUAAAGGAUUUCUGUGUUUAUAAUUGCUGUAUUAUUUCAAUAAACUCACACUUUUUACUAA